GGGGCUCCAUCGGACAUGGACACGCUUUAUGGCAGGAAUAAGGAAGAGCACCCAGAGCCCAUAAAAGCUGAGGUGCAGGGGCAGCUGCCCACGUGGUUGCAAGGGAUACUGCUCCGAAAUGGCCCAGGGAUGCACACCAUAGGGGACAGCAAGUACAACCACUGGUUUGAUGGCCUGGCUCUGCUGCACAGCUUUACAUUUAAAAAUGGUGAGGUUUACUACAGAAGUAAAUAUCUCCGAAGUGACACGUACAACUGCAACAUAGAAGCAAACAGAAUCAUGGUGUCUGAGUUUGGGACUAUGGCUUAUCCAGAUCCAUGCAAAAACAUAUUUGCCAAGGCAUUCUCCUAUUUGUCUCACACCAUUCCUGAGUUCACAGACAACUGUCUCAUCAACAUUAUGAAAGCUGGGGAUGAUUUUUAUGCUACUGGUGAGACUAACUUCAUCAGGAAAAUUAAUCCACAGACUCUGGAGACGUUGGAGAAGGUUGACUACAACAAAUACGUGGCUGUAAAUUUGGCAACUUCUCACCCCCACUAUGACAGUGCUGGAAAUGUUCUCAACAUGGGCACUUCAAUAGUUGAUAAAGGGAAGACAAAAUACCUUCUAUUUAAGAUUCCUUCCUCUGUACCAGAACACGAGAAGAAGAAAUCUUGUUUCAAGCACCUGGAAGUGGUUUGCUCUGUCCCUUCUCGCUCUCUGCUCCACCCCAGCUACUACCACAGCUUUGGAAUCACAGAGAACUACAUUAUCUUCAUAGAGCAGCCCUUCAGACUGGAUAUUCUCAAAAUGGCAACUGCUUACAUGCGAGGUGUGAGCUGGGCUUCCUGCCUUGCCUUUAACAAGGAUGAUAAGACUUGGUUUCACUUUAUAGACAGGAGGACUAAAAAAGAAGUGUCCACCAAGUUCUACACUGAUGCCAUGGUGUUUUUUCACCAUAUAAAUGCUUAUGAAGAGGAUGGCCACAUUAUUUUUGAUGUUAUUGCCUAUACAGACAAUAGCUUAUAUGACAUGUUUUAUUUAAAAAACCUGACUAAAGACUUUGAAGAGAAUGUCAAACUUACCUCCAUACCAACCUGCAGAAGAUUUGUGGUUCCUCUGCAGUGUGACAAGGAUGCUGUAGUGGAUUCCAAUUUAGUCACACUUCCCUCUACUGCAACUGCUGUAAAGGAGAAAGAUGGAAGCAUCUAUUGCCAGCCUGAAAUACUAUGUGAAGGGAUAGAACUGCCUCGCAUCAACUAUGACUACAAUGGCAAAAAAUACAAAUAUGUCUUUGCAACACGAGUCCAGUGGAGUCCAGUUCCCACAAAGAUUGCAAAAUUUAAUACCCAGACUAAGGAAAUGCUCCAGUGGGGACAGGAUGACUGCUGGCCAUCCGAGCCUGUUUUUGUUCCCAGCCCUGAUGCAAAAGAAGAGGAUGAUGGUGUUGUUCUCACCUGUGUUGUGAAGACUGAUCCAAAGGAUCCACCCUUCCUACUUGUCUUGGAUGCUAAAACAUUCACAGAGCUGGGUCGAGCCAUAGUGAAUGUGGAAAUGCACAUGGACCUGCAUGGAGUGUUUAUACCACAGCAAGACAUGAAAACUGAGUAAAAUCUGUUUGUUGUAUUGCACAGACUGACAAAACCUUCUACUGAAUGUGGGAUAAUAUCCUCCAGGAACAGCCUUCUCUUAUGAUAAGAAAUGACUAAUUAUAACUUCCUCAAUAUCUACAUAUAAUCUCUUAAAAGAGACAGAAAUGACUUUAUUACAAAUCAUUGUGUGCACAACUGGUGUAUCACUAUUCCAAAAGAAGAAUUAUCAAUAUGAAGUGCUAAUGUUGAAUACAGCUUAUGGGGCAAGGAAUAGGAGAGAAAGGUAACAAGAAAUGUUUUAUUUGAGUACAACAAAGCUUUCUGAGCAAAUGAAGUACUGUAUUCACAGGGUGACACAUGGCAUGAGUCACUCAUGUCUGCAGGUCAUGUAACUUCCACGGGCUGUUGCAAGACUGCAGCUGACAAUGAAAGUUGUCUCCCGCCAGAAAAACCUCAUGUUAAACUAUCUACCAUGAUACCAAUAAUUCAUGGCAAUAUAUUCUCUUGGUGCUUGAUUUCUUAAACUCUGCCAUAACCAAAGUAUUAUCCUGAGGUGCUACAUUUUUCUUAUCCAGAACCUAACCCCUCCCCACAGCUUUUCUAAUCAUUUCAUGGUGUAUUUUUAGCUUUUAUGUUGGCAAAACCAAGUAACUUUAUUGAAAUAGAGUACAUGGUUAUAUGUAGCAUUCAAUUAUAAUUUAGUGACAUCCAAUCUUAAACUGUAUUUAAAUCAGUUUUCCUUGGCAGAAUAUCUGCCAUGGCAUUUCAUGUAACUAGAUGAUUACAUUGUGUAAAAAAUAAGAAGAAUUGUUUGUUAUUGCCACUAUUCUCUGUUAAUAGCAGUAUGUAUGUGAAUGA